AUGAGGGGCCUCUAUACUGCUCCCCUGGCCGGGUUGUUCUGCUCUAUCUUCCUUCUCGGCCCUGUUACAGCAUCAACGCCGGCCAGUAGCAGUGACAAGCUUGAGGAAAGAGACCUUAACAACAAUAACCCAUCCGAUCCCUGCGAGUGCUACAUCGUUUCUGGUGAAGACCCGGGGUAUUUCAGACAUCACCGCUUCUAUGAUUUCCGAAGCCGGGGUUUAGAGCUUGCUGCAGAUAAGGAGAAGCACCCGCAGCAACACAGACGCAACAUAACCUCUCGAAGACUGCCUGGAACCGGACAUGGAGGCAUACCCGUACACAUACCCGGCAGGGUGAUUGAUUUCGACUCAAAGGGCCGCGAUAAUGAGGCUGGAGGAGCCCCUGAUCCCAACGCCGACAGCAACGAGUUCCACCCUACUCUGGCUGGCAGCCGCUUCAUCGAGGACUGGGACGUCCAGAACUGGAACAGAGAGGGAUCAGCCCUCUUCCCGAUCCCGAUUAAAAAUUCACAUCAUAAUGUCUUCAUAGUGCGCAAUAGCACGGAAAGGGGAGACGAAACAACACAUAUGGUUCUUCGCACUGUACGGAUGGAAAACCAUACUUCCACGGCUGAAGUUCAGACUCAUGAUACUGAUAUUGUUCAUGUUUCGCUUCGUGUCAGGCUACGUCUAUAUGCCAACUCGGGCUGGUUCUAUUUUCCCAAAGAAAAGGGCGGAAACAUAAGUACCGUAACGGAUGAUGCUCAUUAUUUCCUCCCAACUAGCUACUGGAUAAAGGGCCCUCCAGUCGGUGCAUGUGCAGGAGUUUUCACAUACUACGGAAAAAGCGACGAAUCAGACAUUGAAAUUCUCACAGGCGAUCCCCCAAACCUCGUCCGAUAUGCUAAUCAGCCAGACUGGGACCCCAAGACUGAUGAAUCCAUACCCGGUGCAAGUGAUGAGGUAGAAAUUGCUGUUCCCUGGACCCACUGGGGAGACCAUCGGAUUGACUGGUUCCAAGAUAUUAGCCGUUGGUAUUUUAAUGGUGAACCUCUAGUGUCGAAAACGUAUGGGGUUCCCAAACACCCGAGUAUGUUGAUCCUCAACUUAUGGAGCGAUGGCGGCGAAUGGACGGGGAACAUGACCGUCGGUUCAUCGGUAUAUAUGGGCGUUGAAUGGGUGGAGAUGGUAUACAACAAAACUACCGAUGUUGAAGGAGCCCAUAAGAAACAUAUCCGGGCUAAUCCUGGAUCAGAAACCGAAGGCGAUGAGCACAAUAAGCACGAGGACAGCGAGAGCACGCAGCACAGGUCGGACAAAGUCCCUUCCCUCCAAUCCGCUAGACGCGGCCGCCCUAGACCCAAGAAGAAACAGGUCGGCAAAGGGAAGAUUGGUGGCCGUCCAAAAAAUAAGGGCACAGGGAAGGGCAAAGGCAAGCAUAAGGGCAAAAAGCCAGAGACAAAACCCAAGCCAAAUGACAAAGACAGCCAGGAGGAAAAUUGCAAAGUAGUUUGUCGUGUUGAUGGGGUUAGGACCCAAGGAGUCCCUGAGGUCAUUUAAUGGCCUGUCCAUGCUAUCUGCCCCUUGUGAUGCGCAGCGUUUUUCCAUUCUCCCCCCCUUUUAACGGUUUGGUUAACUAGUUGGCUAGUCCUUUGGCUGUUCCGAGCUUAGAGUUCGAAUGGUUCUUAGUUAUAUUAAGUAGGCGAAUAGACGGCAUCUAUGACCCUGCCUAUUGUUAUAUUCGAGUGAAGGGAAGCGGUAUUGGUCCAGCGCCUGCGUAUUGAUUUCAUUGUCAGUCUUAACUUGGUAGUGAUAGAAUCAAUUGCUUGGAAUAGUACUUCUUACUCUUGUUCUUUGUUAAUCACUCUGGGAUCUUCCAUCGUUGUAACGUCGGUGAUUCACCGUUGUUCAUCAAAUAUAGGCUUAUCAAACCUCAAAGCUAUAGAGGCCCCAUCACAACAAAGCGUCAUGGGUCCAUAAACCAUAGUUACUAUCAAAAUCGAAUCAAGACCAAUUCAUCAAAUGCAUUACGGGGGCAGUAAAGCCCACUCCUCUCCAAAUCUAUUCAUACAGCGCGAUUAAACGCGCAACGAAAAAAAGACGUAAAAACCCAAAUCAAGUAUCAAAAAAAAAAAAAAAAAAAAAGCCCCAA